GGCACUUGGAGCUUCGAAUGGAAGAAGUUGGACUUUAGUUCCGAGGUAUUUGCUUCAAGCCGUAGAAAGUGCUUGAUACCAGAUGUGACUGAUUUCUACUCAUUAAUCGAGUGCUGGAAGAAACGGCGCGAUGCCUAUCAACAAGAAACUCUGGCGAAAUUCGGCGAGUCUCAUAAUUCUUGCGAAAAACGCUUGUAAACUUGAUGUUCCGAAUUACCGGCUUGCGGUACUCAAAAGGCCUGCAACAAUGUCUUUCAUGCCGAAUGCAGUUGUUUUCCCUGGAGGUACAUGUGAAAAAGCGGAUGAGUCACAUGACUGGCUGGAACACUUCCGGGAAUGUGGGGUAUCUGAACGGAAAAUGUCGGAGGUGACGGAAGUAAAAGGUCCACGACCUGAUAUUUUCCGAACUUUAGGAAAUUCCCCAAUGAAAAGAGAAAUUUCACUUCGUAUCACUGCAAUUCGGGAAGCUUUCGAAGAGCUUGGGGUUCUUAUUUGUCGAAAAAAGAAUCAACUUGAGGAUGAUUGCGAUUAUGGGAGUUUUAUCGAGGAAUACGAUCGGGAGAAAUGGCAAAGUAUGGUUGAUAAAGAUCCUGGACAAUUUAUUAAUUUGUGCAGAGAGCAUGAACUGGUACCAGAUAUUUGGAAACUGUACGAAUGGUCAGCAUGGUUGACACCUGCUUUAAUUCCAAAAAGAUUUCAAACUGCAUUCUUUGUGGUAUCAGUGGAAGCGCAACCCACAAUUCAGCCAUGCGGAAGAGAAGUUUUGUCUGCAUACUGGGAAACUCCACCAAACCUCCUGAAGUCGUUUUAUGACAAAAAAAUAGAUUUAGUUAUGCCACAAAUAUAUGAACUAAUUCGAUUUGGAGAAUAUACUGAUAUCGAAAACCUGACGAAGUUCGCCAAAUUACGAAAUGACCAAGGAAUCACGUUACAAUAUCCUACUGUAUACAAUUGUGCUGACGGCUUUCUACAUGUGUAUCCAGGUGAUGACCUUUAUCCAAAGAAUCCUGAUAAGAAUGAAGUAGAUUAUGAUGUACAGCAAUUUAAAAACCGUACUUUUGCUGAAUUACGAGCCACGUCAAACAAAAUGCAUCGAUGUGAGCAAUAUUCGUCGCAUAAUACAAUACUUAUUUUAAAUUUUGAGCUUCCAAAUGGACACAUCAGCCCUAUUGCAAAAUUAUAAACUUUAACAGUUUUCUUGAAAUUACCUAGAAUAAGUGUUUACAUGUAACCCAAUGUGUUUAACAGCUUCUUAGGAAAAAUUAUGGCUCUUUUUUGUCAAAUAUAUGUCUAUGUGGUA